AUGGUAAGUGGAACGGGCUCAGCACCGAAUCAGACCGACACUGUCGCAUUCUGGCGCGGCCUGUGGUCAGAGCCCGUAAACCACAGCGAGGACCCUUGGACGGAAGUUGUGGCGGGUCAGUGUGCGAGUAUUACGCCCAUGGACCCCGUCAUCAUAACGCCGGAUGACGUAGCUGAGGUGGUCCGUAGAGCCCCGUACUGGAAAAGUCCGGGACUCGACGGGCUGCAUCACUACUGGCUUAAGGGGUUCAUGGUGUGUCACGCUGUGCUCGCCCGUCAGUUUCAAGAGGCUCUCAACCAGAAGUCGCUCCCUAGCCUCUUCACUACUGGGAUCAUUCAUUUGGUUCCUAAAGACCAGCAACGUCACCUCGACAUGGUAUUGGAGGUGAAACAGAAUGAACGUAUAAUGUUGCAGGCUGAGUAUGAUAGGCAGAUAACUGCAUUGAGAAUUAUCAGAGCCUUGGCAGAUAAUACUGAAGAAAUUGACUCCAAUGCACCUUUAUAUGAAGAAUUGCGGACAAUGAUCGACAAAAUGGAAAUGAUGCGCCGUCUGUUGUUAAAGUUUUUAAUGGUCAGAUCUGCAAGCCACGACUGGCUGGCUGCUCCUCAUCAAAGAUAUGCCGCUUUGAAGCUAGCGAGAGAAGCCAACACGGUGGAAGGAUUCGUAAGGGAUCAUAAUUCAGACCUUGAUGAUUGA